GGGGCGGGAAAGCAGGCGCCCGCACGUGACUGGCCGUGAACCCGUAUCCUCAGCUGACCCCGGCUUGCUCGCUCUUAAAGGCACCGGCCGGCCCUGCCCCUUCUCCUAAACCAACCUCCCCAAAACCUCAAUCAUUUCUGCUUUUCUUCCCUUACUCGUCAGGGCCAGUAGCUCUUAAGCGGCUCACCUGAAGUCUUUUCAAUGCACUGGAUUUCUUUUCCCUGAACAGCUUGGGGUCUAGGCUUUGGUCAGGGAUUCAGGCUAGAUAAUGGGAAAGGAGCUAACGCUGUGAAUCUGAAGGCCUGAGGUUCCAGAAGCAAUAGAGGAGGCUCGUGUGUUACUUAGGGUAUGUCAGUUAUAAUUGGGCCUGUUUCCCUGUUAUAAAAGUGGAAUUGGUUCCAUGAUGUCUAAGCACGUUGUAGCUUAGAGAACCUUCGUAUUUUAUAUUAGAGAGGUUGAUCUCUGGUGGGCUUUGUAGUAGAUCUCAUAAGGGCCUUCCUUGUGGUCGAAGAGAUACCUGAGCAGGGGGUAGCCUCUGGGAACCCUCCCUCCCCCAAAGAAACACACACUCAAGCGGCACAUUCUGUUUCCCCAAGGCCUGACCUCUCGGGACACACCCAGCCCGGUGGACCCAGACACCGUGGAGGUGCUGAUGACAUUUGAACCUGACCCAGCCGAUUUAGCCCUGUCAAGCAUUCCUGGCCACGAGACCUUUGACCCUCGGAGACAUCGCUUCUCAGAGGAGGAGCUUAAGCCCCAGCCCAUCAUGAAGAAGGCCCGGAAGAUCCAGGUGCCAGAGGAGCAGAAGGACGAGAAGUAUUGGAGCCGGCGGUACAAGAAUAACGAGGCAGCCAAGAGGUCCCGAGAUGCCCGGCGGCUCAAGGAGAACCAGAUAUCGGUACGGGCGGCCUUCCUGGAGAAGGAGAACGCCCUGCUGCGGCAGGAAGUGGUGGCCGUGCGCCAGGAGCUGUCCCACUACCGCGCCGUGCUGUCCCGAUACCAGGCCCAGCACGGAGCCCUGUGAGGCCGUCCCCCGCCCCUGCCCGGCGGCCUCGCUCAGACUUGCGCCCUGAGGCCCUCUUCCCUCCCCGCCCUGUGGCCCACCGGCCGGCCAGCUGGGUGCCCCAGGGACGUGAUGAUGCAGAUAAAUACAUUUAUAUUUUUAAGAAAAAGCGAGCCUCCCCCCUCCCUCGCGGGGGCGGGGAGGGUCCUCUGUGUGUGCCCCUACCACUUCGGGGACCCCAUCCUCCCACCGCCUCCGUUAACACAUCCUGAAUAAAUCUUGAGAACCCCAGA